CUAAGGAUUCCUCCUGGCUGUGAGGACUCCACGUGUGUAGCGUGUGCCUCCUGAGAAUAUUUCGAUAUAAAUUUAAUAGAGGGACAUAAUUGUUGUUGUGUAUUGAUCAAGAUGGUUCGUCGACACAAUAAUCAAUUACCGGACAACAUUCCACAGCUGCAAAAUUUAGUCAAACGAGAUCCGGCCUCUUACAAAGAUGAGUUUAUGCAACAGUACAGACACUACCUGGCAACUCUUGAGGUGUUUAGGCUCCAUCCAGAUCAGAAUGACAAGAGUCUGGAGGACAUCAUAAUGUUCCUUGCGCAGGUAGCCCAUUGCUAUCCAGACGUUCUUGCAUCUUAUCCACAGGAGCUUGUGGACAUUUUGCAGUCUCAUCACACUGUUUUGGAUCCUAAUAUGAGGAUGUUAUUCUGCAGGGCUCUAGUUUUGCUGAGAGGAAAGGGCCUCUUGUCCCCGACAGAUUUACUUUCGCUCUUCUUCUCGCUGUUGAGAUGCCAGGACAAAAAUUUGAGGUCUUUUUUGCAAAGUCACAUCAUUAGUGAUGUGAGCGGAGUUAAUGCCAAACACAAGGAUGCCAAGUUAAAUAGGACGCUCCAAAAUUUCAUGUUCAACAUGUUGAAAGACAGCAAUUCCCGUGCAGUUAAAAUGUCAUUGGACAUAAUGAUUCAGCUGUACAAAAAGAACAUCUGGAAUGACGCAAAAACAGUAAAUGUGAUUGCCACAGCGUGCUCUUCAAAAUUUGCCAAAGUCAAAGUUGCAGCAUUGAAGUUUUUUAUUGGCAAAGAUCCUGAAGAAAAGGAUUCUGAUGAUAGCGAUUCUGAUGAGGAGGAGAAAGUCACAACUAAAGAUGUUGUCAUGUCAAAUCGCUUCAACAAGAAAAGUAGGAAGCGAGAGAAACAACUGGUGAAGGUCAAAUCGCUGAUCAAGAAACAACAGAAGAAAAAGUCAAAAGCUCCCAACUUCAAUUUCUCCGCUCUACACUUGAUCCAUGAUCCGCAAGGUUUUGCGGAACAGGUUUUCAAGACUCUUGAAAGAACCAAUGAGCGUUUUGAAGUGAAGCUAAUGACACUUGACGUCAUCUCCAGACUCAUUGGCUUGCACCAGUUGCUUAUAUUCAACUACUAUCCGUAUCUGCAAAGGUUUCUUCAGCCCCACCAGAGAGAGGUGACCAGACUUCUCCAGUUCAUCGCACAGGCCUCGCACGAGCUUGUGCCCCCAGAUGUGCUUCAGCCUAUUUUGAAGACCUUGGUCAAUAAUUUUGUGACAGAAAGAAAUUCGUCUGAUGUCAUGGCGAUUGGAUUGAAUGCUGUAAGGGCUGUGUGCAGCCGUUGCCCUUUGGCGAUGGACGAGGACCUGCUGCGCGACCUGGUUGACUACAAGAACUACAAGGACAGGAGUGUUAUGAUGGCUGCUCGUUCGCUGAUGGCGUUGUUCCGAAUCAACAAUCCAGACAUGCUUAAAAAGAAGGACAGGGGUCGACCCACUGAAGCCACUAUUGAGCUGAAGACCAAGCAAUAUGGAGAGGUGGACGUCAAAGAACACGUUCCCGGCGCCGAAGUGCUGCUUGAGGAAAAGACGGGCAAGCAAAAGGACAAAAGCACACUCGAAAUUGAUUCCGAAGCCAGUGACAGCGAGGAUGGUGGCUGGGUGGAUGUUUCUGGGGAUGAGGAUCAAGAAGAAGAGUCAGAUGAGGAAGCCUCUGACGAAGAUGAGGAUGAUGAAGCUGACGAAGAAGACGAUGAGGAUGAAGCGAGCGAUGCCGAAUCCGACCCACAGUCUGGCAAAGAGCAGAAAACUAGCCAGAAGGUGGAGAAGGAAACGGUUGAAGAUAAGGCGAAAAAGGCAGCGGAAGUGUGCGCAAUGAGGAUUCUGACUGACGAAGACUUCAAAGAGAUUGACGCUGCCCAGAUCAGGAAGCAAAUCACUGUUGUUUCGAAGAACAGGAAAAGGAAGAUGGUUGAUGAGGAUGUGCCAAAGGGCGAGCUUGUAACCUUGGGUGACAUUGAAAACAUUUACAAGAAAAGAAAACACGACAAGGCGGCCAGACUGGAAACCGUGAGGAAAGGACAGGAGGGCCGCGAAAAGUGGGGGUACCAAGAUAGAAGACAAAAUCCGCACUCCAGCAAAACGAAUACUGAGAAGAAGAAGAAUAAGGCCUUCAACAUGGUGAAGCACAAGAUCAGGGGCAAGGUGAAGAGAUCGUUCAAGGACAAACAGAUCGCCCUGAGAAACCACCUCCUGAAAAUGAAGCGCCUCAAAUAAUAAUGUAUCCCACUUUGUUUAAAUAAAAUUAUUUUUAUUUAGUUACACCACUCAAUAA